AUGAGUGCUGCAAUUGCAAUGGCUCCCUCUCCCGCUCCUCACGAAAGGUUCUCCAACCCCGAACUACCCGCUCCCUCUACUUCGGCUGCCACCGUUGGAACUUCCCCCUCCGCACAACGGUCUUCUCUCAACCUUUCGACAUCGCAUGCGACAACCCAAUCCUCCACCAGCAGCAGCCCUAAAGCUGCGGGCCAGGGUACCAAAUCAUCGCCCUCCAGCGCUUCACGAUCAGCCGGCGCGCCCCCUAGGAUUAUUGUCAAGAAGGAACCUGCCUCUCCCAGCAUGACCCAUACACGACCUCGACCACGCAAACUUGACCUAUCCAAGAAUACGCCCAAAUCUAACCAGCCAACUUCGGCGCGACCCAUGACAGCUCGUGACGGCCUUGCUAUCCAAGAAGUCGGUAUCGCCUGCCUGUCUCCUGGCUUUGUCACCCAAGACCCUGUUAUGAAGGAGCAGCUGCAGCGAAGCAUGUCAGUCCGAGAGCAACAACGACACAUCAUCGAAGCUAGACUUCACCAGCAGUCUGCUAAGGGGGACGGUCCCGACAAAGAUCCUCUGUCACAGUUCGCCGCCAAGACGCCCGGCAUGUCGAGAAGAAAUAAGGCCCCUGGCCUCUCCAUCGUUGCGCCCUCUCAUGAGCAAUUUGCCAACGAGAGAGUUAUCCAGUCUGCGCCUCUGGGCCACAGCUUUACAGGACGUCAACACCCUGCUCCCAUGACCCGUCACAUCACCAACCAGCCAUCCAACCUUUCGAGUACUUCUCAUAUCCACCACAUUCCUGCUACCCAAACGGCCAACCGAUUACCGCCUAUCAGCGAUGUUUUUGGCCAAGGCCUGUCAGCGCAUCCCGACAAUGCUCCUCAGCCUCAGUCUCUCUACCCCAGUGGCCCCAGCUCUCGUGGACCGAUGACGUCCCCUGGCCACCCUCCACCUCCCCAGGCCCCUACACCUGGACGAGGUCGUGAGUACAGAUCCGCUGAGGAAGCGCAGCAGGAGCUUGCUGGUGGACGGCCGGAACUCCUGCCUAAGCUUGUUCACUAUGGUGGACACCAGCCCCCGACACCCCCUUCCCCAGCUCCCGGCAGUCGACCUGUGGAUGCUUCACGAAGCGCUAGCACCAGCAGGCGAAGGACGAGGGCUGAAUAUGAGGACGGCAGUCCACCACUGGGCCAUGGACCUGCUCCCACUCGUCGUGGGCCUUUUGGUGCUGGACGAGAUAGCCCGGAAACUCAGCGAGCCAAGAAGGAAGAGUUUAUCCGAUUAUGCGAACGCGCGUGGGAUCUAUUCCACUCGUAA